AUGGCAUGGAACCUUGUACAACGUCUACAGUCAAACACAUUUGUCGAAUACAUUGGCGACGAAGUGCUGAACACUCCCGGUCGUACGGUCGAAAUGAACCUACUUGGCGGCGAUAUUUUUAUUACUGAUCGCGCAGAAAAUAUCAAGGCGAUACAGGCAGAUCAGUUUGUGGAUUUUGCAAAAGGCCAGACGCCGCAUGAUGUCUUUAGUAGUAUUUUAGGGGAUUCAGUGUUUACGACGGACGGGCCAUUGUGGAAGACAAGUAGGGAACAACUGGAGCCGCAUGUAUCUCGUGUCCGUUCGGAUGAUAUUCCAACUGCUGAGGAGCAUAUGCAGAAGCUUCUAAGACUCAUUAAUAAUUCGCCUAAGAAGGUUGAUGUGUACGAUGUGGUCGAUAGGUUCCAACUCGACCUGGUGAGCCAAGUCUUCUUAGGCGAAUCCACAAAUUCGCUAUCUGCAAACGAACAGCCGUUCCGUAAGGCAAUGGAAGAGCUUCUGACUUUCAACACCAAUCGCCUUCUAUUUGGUCGUCUUGCUAACUUGUUUCCCGAUUGGCUUUUCGUUCCUAGAGCGUAUCGCGAAUUGACGCGGUAUAUUAAUGAUCUGAUUGAUAAGACUUUGGCGCUGCCGAUUAAUAACCAGACAGAUUGGAAGACAAAGAAAGAAUUUAAUCUUGUAGAAGAUUUAGUCACUACGCAUCCAAAUGAUCGGUACUUCAUUAGGGGCCAACUUAUUGCUGUUUUGAUGGCUUCGAAGGACCCAGGUGCCAUUCUGACUACUUGGACAAUAUACCACCUGGCCCGCCAACCAACUCUAUAUAAAAGGCUUCAAGAGGAGAUCGAAAAGCACAUUGGAAUGGACGCAAUCCCCACAGUGGAGCAGCUCAGGAAGCUAGACCUGCUGGCCAAUACAGUCAAAGAAUCUAUGAGGAUGUACCACCCACUCGGCCUUAACAUUCGAGAGGCUAGGAAAGAUGCAGUGUUGCCUGUUGGAGGUGGUCCAGAUGGGAACGACCCCAUCUUCGUCUCAGCUGGACAAAUUAUUGUAUACUCAGUCGCAGGUCUCCAGCGCAACAAGACCACAGUGGGUGCAGAUGCUAAUGUGUGGGAUCCUUCACGAUGGGAAACAUGGUCGCCACAGUAUGGUCACUAUCUACCCUUUAGUGUAGGCCCACGCCAGUGUCCUGGGCGAGUCUUCGGCCGUUUCCAGAUUCAGUAUGUCUUGGUGCGGCUGCUCCAGGAGUUUGAGAGCAUCACAUGGUGUGGACUUAAUGGGGUUAAGGGCAUUGGCACGGAGGAAAUGAAGAUCAAGGUUGAACUCAACCUCAAGUGCGCCGAGCCAGUCAUUUGUAGCUUCAAUCCGCGUCGGAAAAGUUCUGCUUAG